GCCAUGUGUAACUCAACAAUGCAAUUGGUUUGUGGAAUGGCUGCUUGUAUUAUGCAAACAGGAGAACCAAGUUGUGUGUGUGAGGCAGGAUUUCAGUUCAAUGCAACUCUUCAAAUCUGUGAAGAUAUUGAUGAAUGCAUUGGAAACAAUACAUGUGAGUCAGAUAACCUGUGUGAGAACUUUGAUGGAGGAUAUAAUUGUACCUGCAAUUCUGGAUAUGAACUUGAUUCAAAUGGAAGAACAUGCUCAGACAUUGAUGAAUGUCAACUAGGUCUUGAUAGCUGUGAUGGGAAUGCUACAUGUAUAAACACCGAAGGAAACUACACCUGUUCUUGUAAUUCUGGCUUCAUGGGAGAUGGAAAUAUAUGUUCUGAUGUGGAUGAGUGCAUGACUCUAACUCCAUGCUCCAUGAAUGCAAAUUGUACAGAUACAACCGGCUCAUUCACCUGCACAUGUCAUUCUGGAUACACUGGAGAUGGAUUCAAUUGUGUUGAUAUUGAUGAAUGUGAACUUGGAAGUGAUAACUGUCAUAUAAAUGCUGACUGUAUCAACAAUAAUGGAAGCUUCAAUUGUGUUUGUGAUCCUGGCUAUACAGGAGAUGGACUUACAUGUGAAAAUAUUGACGAAUGUGACUCAAUGCCUUGUGGAGAAAAUGCUAACUGUACAGAUGAUGAUGGUUCCUUCACAUGCUCCUGUCAAUUAGGAUACCAAGGAGAUCCUUAUAUGAGUUGCAUAGACAUCAAUGAGUGCCAGAACCCAGCAUUGUUCUCAUGUCAUCCACUCGCAUCUUGUAUAAACACACCUGGUAACUUCACAUGUGAAUGUGAUGAGGGCUAUGAAGGCAAUGGGACUAAUGAUUGCUCAGAUCGUAAUGAAUGUGAUGACAUCCUUGAGUUUUGUGGACCUUUUAGCACCUGUGUAAACUCUGAUGGAUCCUAUGAAUGUAUGUGCCUUGAAGGUUUCUUGAAAGAGUCUGUGGACAGUAACUGUACUGAUUUGAAUGAAUGUGACACUGUUCAAAACACCUGUCCUCCUGAUAUCUCUACAUGCACUAACAUAGAUGGUGAUUUCAACUGUACAUGUAACACUGGGUUUGAGAAUGACACACCCAAAUCUUGCAUUGACAUAAAUGAGUGUGACCGUGGUACCGACAACUGUAUGGGCAGUGAAGAUUGUAUCAAUGUUAUUGGAGAUUUUAGGUGUAUUUGCAGCGAAAACUUCACUGAAAUCGUUGGAAGCUGUGAAGCUUCAUUAUCUUUGGAAUUGAGAGUGAGAUUUGAAGCUAUCCUAGGACUUGUUGUUUCAGCCAGCCCAACUGUUCUUGAUUCUCCUGCAAAUCUUAAUCAACUCGAAGGAGAUAUGCUCUCAUUCCUUCAAAGUACUCCAGAACUUGGAUUAAACAGCCUUGCUGUAACAGUAUUAAAUGUGAAUGUGACUGGUCAGUAUGCAUAUGUAGACUUCAGGGUUGAUGUCAACACAACGUUGAGUAUGAAUAAAAUGGAGUUGGAAUCAGUGUUUUUCAAUUCUCUUCCGGAUAACCAGCGGUUUGGAUCUCUUGCCCAACAAAACGUGGUUAGUCAAGAGGAUGUUGAUGAAUGUAUGGAUGAUUCUGAGCUUUGCAGCAAUGGAACUUGUACAAACACUAUUGGAUCUUUCUUCUGCACAUGCAAUGAAGGAUAUAUGGAAGAUGACACAAGCACUGCUUGUUUAGACAUUGAUGAAUGUGAUGAUUUAAGCCUGUGUACAGAUGGAGAGUGUGAAAACAACAAUGGUUCAUUUUCUUGCAUUUGUAAUGAAGGAUUUGAAAUCAAUGUUUCGGGUGAUCAGUGCCAAGAUAUCGAUGAGUGCAAUGGUGAUAAUGAAUGCACUGGUACUGGAAUAUGCAUGAACACUGAGGGAUCAUACACAUGUAUUUGUAUUCCAGGAUAUCAACCCAGCCCAAAUAUGACUUCUUGUGAAGAUAUUAAUGAGUGUUUGAAUGAUCCUUCACUCUGUGCUAAUGGAAUAUGUGAAAAUACACAGUCAUCAUAUAUCUGCAUGUGUAAUGAAGGAUUUGUAGAGUCUAGCAAUAGACGAGCUUGUGACGACAUAGACGAGUGUCUGGAAAGCCCUUGUGGUAAUGGGACCUGCACCAAUAACAAUGGAUCUUACACAUGUGCCUGUAAUGAAGGCUUUGAACUGAGUAUUAAUGGCAGUACAUGUUCAGAUAUUGAUGAAUGUGCUGGAAAUGUUAAUCCCUGCUUCAAUGGUACCUGUAUCAAUACCAUCGGAUCAUAUACAUGCAACUGCAGCAUUGGAUUUACUUUGAGUAAUGAUAGCAGUACAUGUGGGGUUUCAUGUGGUUCAUCUGUGUGUCAAAAUGGUGGGACAUGCAUAGGUUCUAAUCAAUGUUCCUGUAUUACUGGAUUUAAUGGGUCUGUGUGUGAGAAUAAUAUAGAUGAUUGUUCCCCUUAUCCUUGCAUGAAUGGAGCGACUUGUAAUGAUGGUGUUGACAGCUUCACCUGCUCCUGUGUGUCCGGUUAUACUGGAAAUCUAUGUCAAAUGGAUAUUGAUGAAUGUACUGAGGAUUCAACUCUUUGUACCAAUGGAAGAUGUUUCAAUCUCAAUGGAACUUUCACCUGCGUAUGCAACACUAAUUUCACAUUGACGAAUGGAAGUGCCUGCACUGCUAUCACAAAUGACCUUGCUACAAGUAAAGUGAGGGUGAAUAUUACAGGAACUGCACUAAAUGAAGAGCCCUUAGUUUACACUACAGACUUAACUAUUAGGUCAUCGGCCAUAUUCAUUGAAUUAGAGAUUAAAUUCUGUUUUGUGUUUAGGGAAUAUGUGAGGAACCUUUUGGGUCAACAGCUCGAAGCGUAUAAUUGCAUUGUGAUAGCAUUUAGCCAAGGUAGUGUGGUUGCUGAUAUAGAAAUGGAACUGGGUGCUGGCACCCAAGAUACUGCAGAUGGACUUGCACUGACUUUAACUGAAAUGGCCAGCAACUUUAGUGGAUCUUUAUCAGCUGAAGGACAAACCCUUGAUGCAAGUAUAGCAAUAAAUGUUCAAUGUGAUCAGACGAAUUGUCAGAAUGGAGGAACUUGUAUUACUUCAGGAGACCCAUGUGAUUGCCUUGCUGGUUUCAAUGGAGAUCUAUGCCAAAAUGAUAUCAAUGAAUGCCUGUCGGAUCCUUGCAUGAAUGGAGGGAAUUGCACGGAGGGGGUUGACUAUUUCAACUGUACUUGCCCAGAUGGUUACAAUGGAACUAUGUGUGAAGAAGAUAUUAAUGAGUGUCAAGCAAGUAAUCCUUGUGUAAAUGGAAUCUGCAUGAAUAACAUGGGAUCUUAUACAUGCAACUGUAACAACGGAUAUAUGCUUAGUCCUGAUGGUAGUACAUGCAUUGAUAUUGAUGAAUGCCUUGGGGACAAUCCCUGCGUCAAUGGAACAUGUGAUAAUACUGAUGGAUCUUACACUUGCAACUGUACUGUUGGUUUUCAGUUAAGUUCUGAUAACAGUACAUGUGAUGUUGAGUGUGGUAAUUCAGUUUGUGAGAAUGGUGGAUCAUGCAUAGACGGUAACUGUUCUUGUGUGGCAGGAUUCAAUGGAACUAUGUGUGAAAACAAUAUUGAUGAUUGUUUACCUGAUCCCUGUGUGAAUGGAGGGAAUUGCACGGAUGGGGUUAACUACUUCACCUGCACUUGUCCAGAUGGUUACAAUGGAACUAUGUGUGAAGAAGAUAUCGAUGAGUGCUCAGGAACUAAUCCUUGUGACCAGGGCAAUUGCACUAAUACCAAUGGAUCAUAUACAUGCAGCUGCUACAGUGGUUUUAUGCUAAGCCAAGAUGAAAGUACAUGCAUUGAUAUUGACGAGUGUGCAGGAAAUAAUCCGUGUAUAAAUGGCACAUGUGACAAUGAAUCUGGAUAUUAUACUUGCACCUGUGAUGAUGGAUUCAUGUUAAGUGUUGAUAACAGUACAUGCAUUGAUAUUGAUGAGUGCUUGGAAAGUAAUCCUUGUGGAAAUGGUACAUGUAGUAAUAACAAUGGAUCUUAUACAUGUAGCUGUGAUAAUGGUUAUGAGUUAAGCGUUGAUGCCAGUACAUGUAAUGAUAUCGACGAGUGUACUGGAUCUAAUCCUUGUGUAAAUGGUACAUGUAAUAAUAAUGAUGGAUCCUAUACAUGUAGCUGUGAUAAUGGUUAUGAGUUAAGCGUUGAUGCCAGUACAUGUAAUGAUAUCGACGAGUGUACUGGAUCUAAUCCUUGUGUAAAUGGUACAUGUAAUAAUAAUGAUGGAUCCUAUACAUGUAGCUGUGAUAAUGGUUAUGAGUUAAGCGUUGAUGCCAGUACAUGUAAUGAUAUCGACGAGUGUACUGGAUCUAAUCCUUGUGUAAAUGGUACAUGUAAUAAUAAUGAUGGAUCCUAUACAUGUAGCUGUGAUAAUGGUUAUGAGUUAAGCGUUGAUGCCAGUACAUGUAAUGAUAUCGACGAGUGUACUGGAUCUAAUCCUUGUGUAAAUGGUACAUGUAAUAAUAAUGAUGGAUCCUAUACAUGUAGCUGUGAUAAUGGUUAUGAGUUAAGCGUUGAUGCCAGUACAUGUAAUGAUAUCGACGAGUGUACUGGAUCUAAUCCUUGUGUAAAUGGUACAUGUAAUAAUAAUGAUGGAUCCUAUACAUGUAGCUGUGACUCUGGUUUUAUGUUCAAUGGCAGUACAUGCAAUGAUAUUGAUGAGUGCUCUGGAUCUAAUCCUUGUGUAAAUGGUACAUGUAAUAAUAAUGAUGGAUCCUAUACAUGUAGCUGUGACACUGGUUUUAUGUUCAAUGGCAGUACAUGCAAUGAUAUUGAUGAGUGCUCUGGAUCUAAUCCUUGUGUAAAUGGUACAUGUAUUAAUAAUGAUGGAUCCUAUACAUGUAGCUGUGACACUGGUUUUAUGUUCAAUGGCAGUACAUGCAAUGAUAUCGAUGAGUGUACUGGAUCUAAUCCUUGUGUAAAUGGUACAUGUAUUAAUAAUGAUGGAUCCUAUACAUGUAGCUGUCACACUGGUUUUAUGUUCAAUGGCAGUACAUGCAAUGAUAUUGAUGAGUGUACUGGAACUAAUCCUUGUGGAAAUGGUACAUGUAAUAAUAAUGAUGGAUCCUAUACAUGUAGCUGUGACAAUGGUUUUGAGCUAAGCGUUGAUGCCAGCACAUGCAUUGACAUUGAUGAAUGUGCAGUAAAUAAUCCAUGUGUAAAUGGGACAUGUAGUAAUAACAAUGGAUCCUAUACAUGCAGCUGUAACAGUGGUUUCGAGUUGAGCCUUGAUGCCAGUACAUGCAAUGAUAUUGAUGAGUGUGCCGGAAAUAAUCCUUGUGUAAAUGGAAGCUGUACUAAUAACAAUGGAUCCUAUACAUGUAGCUGUGACAGUGGUUUUAUGUUUAAUGGCAGUACAUGCAAUGGUAUGGACAGUUCCUGUCCUACUGCAUUUACUGGAAUUACGUGUCAAACAGAUGUUGACGAGUGUGUUGAUUCUAGUCUGUGUACCAAUGGGAGAUGUGUUAAUCUUGCUGGCUCCUACACAUGUGUAUGCAAUAUGGGUUUUACAUUGACAAAUACAGAUUCUUGCACUGCUAUCUCAUCAUCCCUUGCUACAAGUUCAGUAAGGAUUCGGCUAACAGGAGUACGACUAAACGGUCUUCCUCUUACCUUUACUGCGGACUUAACAAAUAGAUCGUCAGCCUUAUUCAUGGAAUAUGAUACUUCUUACUGUUUCAUUUUCACAAACUAUGUAAGUGCAUUAUUGUCAAUUGGCCUUCCAAGUUGUGAAGUGGUUGGAUUCAGCCAAGGUAGUAUUAUUGGUGUCCUUGACCUUACAAUUGCCGCUGCAACCCAAACCUUAGCUGAUGAUCAUGCACUGGCAGUACCAACACUGUCUACCAACUCUCUACUAGCAUCAUUUAAUGGUAUUACUCUAGAAGGAUCCUUUAAUGCUAAUGUUCAAUGUGAUCAGACGAAUUGUCAGAAUGGAGGAUCUUGUAUUACUUCAGGAGACCCAUGUGAUUGCCUGGCUGGUUUCAAUGGAGAUCUAUGCCAAAAUGAUACUGGUAAUUCAGAGUUGUCUGUUGGAGCCAUAAUUGGUAUUGCACUUGGAGUAUUUGGAUUUGUAAUCAUAAUAGUUGGCUGUGUCUGCUGUAUGUUCCUUCAAAGCUUCAGACAAAAUCAAGCAACAAAAGCCAUGCUUUCGAAUGGACGUUAUGACUAUCCAUCUUUUAAUAUGAAUGGUUCCUAUGAUGGUUCUGAAGAGUAUGAUUCUUUUGAAGGACGUCGUAUGGCUGUGGGUCAAGCUUUGGAUCGCCUUCGUGGAAAUGGAGCAAUGUAUAACGGCAAUGGAAGAUCGCCUGAGGAAGGCCGCAAUUUCAGGACGCCAUACGUUGCGGGUGAUAGAGAUACGGAAAACGGAGUGGAGCGAAAUCCUGUCUACUUUUAAUUGAUGCAAAGUUAACUUUCUAACAGAGAACCAACAUGACAACUGGACAUACCAAAUAGAAAGGAGCUAUAUAUCGAUGUUUUACAGAAUAAUGUUCUUUUUAUUUUGAGUAGUGUAGAUGAGAACAUCAAUCAUUUUCAUUUUUUUCAUUUGGCUCAUAUAAUGACACAUUUAACUGUUUAUUUCUCCUUUUUAUAAUAUUUUUUUUUUUACAUCUGAUGUCUGUUUCUUAACUGUAUUUCAAUUCCCCCUUUUCAUGGCAUAUAUAUUAUUCAAUGUACAACACCUAUCUACCUAUUUAUCUAUUUGAAGGAAUGUUUUUUAAUCAUUACAUUGAUUUGUCUACAUUCUGUCUCAUCAAAUACAUAUUUUUACUAUUUCUUUACGUUCAGUACUAUGCAAUAUUUUUAAAUAUUCAUUUUUGUAAAAAGAAAAAACAAUAUGAGUCUUUUUAUUGAAUUAUGAAUGAUAUAUACUUAUUUUUAAUGGAGAUAAUGUACUACAUGUUAGUGCAUUGAGUUAAUCAAGGUUUGUAAAUUUAUAACUCCUUUUUCCACUGUUCUUUAUUUGGAUGCCCACUUUAUAUGAUAAUGAUAUGGUCAUAAAUGAAUGAAAUCCAUUUUUCAUAAAUCUAUUAGUCGAUUAAAAUUAGGGGCUCCUUUGGCGUAAAAAGAGUAAAUAGGGUAAAUUUAAUGGUUAAAAUACUGGAAUUCCAUUAAAACUGGAUGAAUAUAGAUUAUUCCAUUAAAACUGGAUGAAUAUAGAUUAAAUCAAUAAAACGGUUGUAGGCAUAAAUGUAUUAAGAAGAAUGGACUCAUCUCAUUGUACAAUAAUUGAGUUUUCUGCUCAAAGAAUGUGAAAAUAUGAUUGAUUUACUGUUUUUAUGUUAAAGAUCCCAUAGUUAUUACUCUUUUGUAACAAGGGGCAUAUUUUGUAUACACAAGCACAUGUAUUCAAAUGUAAAAUGAUAAUGACUUCAUAUCACAAAAUACACAAGAAUAGCUCAGGAUGUCAAAUCAUUAGCUCUCUUAUUGCACAUCCGAGGUGAAUGCAUAUGUGAUGUGUUACACAGAAAUAACAAAAAACUCUACUUUCCAUACCUUAAUGUUACUUCUGACUUUUGAUGAAAUCUCUAGUCAUUGGCAUGUUCUUGAUAUGUUCAUAUCAAUUAUAAUUUUAGGCUAGUGUACGGUUUUAAGGUACUAAAGCAUAUUACCCUUGUCAAAACUCUCCUCUGCCAAAAA